AUGUGUUCAAUUAGUAUAACUUAUUGCGUUUAUUUGGCCCUCAUAGCAAGCUGUCUUGCAAGCGAGUGCGGGCCAAGGCUCAAAUAUGCAUGGGGCGAUGCUUUACAGGGAUCAGAUUGUCCUGGUCCAGAUGGUUCGCCGUACCCACGACACUUGGUGAAUAGAGCGUUAAAGUCAGGUCCUUGGAGUCAGUCAGCGCGGCAAGGCCGUGGAGUGAGGACAUUAGACCCUGCCUUGAUGAGGAGGGCUUUGUUAGAGGCUCACGCUGGCUACGCUGAGGGAACAAUAAAAUUGCAAAGUGGGAACCGAACCGCACGAGCUAGCAACCUACCAGGGCUAUCACCUGGUAACCCUAACGCUUGUGGAGGCGCCCGUCUAUGUCGCACGCGGUACAACACUACGGCACCGAUGUACGGUGUCUCGCUGACGUCUGGCCAGCCCGUCACUAUCGUGCAAAAAUUCCCUGAUUUGUUGCAGCAGGUCGUCUUUGAAGUGUGCGAAACAAGUGAAUGCUCCGUAAUUCGCGGUUCGUGUACGCAAACCUACGUACCCUAUUUAUUCCUAGUGCUGCCCCUUGGACCGGUGACGCUCACCGGUCAGGACUACGUUUUGGUCGAGUCCGGAUGCGUGUGCAAACCGGAUCCCGUCUCUUAG